CGGAGCAGUGGGAGCUCAACUGAUGGCACAGACAGACAAUCCGACAAAUCUAAUCCACCAAUAUGAACGGUCCUUCACUACACAACUGGUCAAGAUCAUUAAGUGUGUCCUGUUCUCAGCCAAUAUUAGAUCACCUCGAGCUGAAGUUAUGAUCAAUAAACCUUCAGCAGAUGGCACUCUAAUGCUAUAGUAUUUCACACCAGACAAAAGCGCUCGAGAGAUACGAGCCCUUUUCCCACACUGCUGCUGCUGGAUUUGGACACACACCACGCACACACAUGAACAUUUGCCCAACCUCUGUCUCUCACAGCGUACAGGCAGCACAAGUAGCCUACAGAGGCAUAACAGUGCCGCAGUUAUCUAAACUAGAGUCUACAGUGCUCAAUAGAGAUCUUACCACAUACAUGGAGAGGCGGACGCACAGCACAAAGAAGUUGCGGAAAAGGCAUCGAAGCACUUAAUACAAUACGAUUUAUGUUUGUUUGAUUUUGUACGUAAACUACAUAUUGUGCACGUAUAAAUAAAUUGGGAAAGGCAACUACAGAAACAAUAUUCACACAAAGGCUGCAAAUUAAGUUACUGAUCAAGGAGGUACCCUUCAUUUUACCCGGAGAAGAUCUAUGGACCAACACUUUAAAUGUGUGGAUCCUUCAGUGCCGCGCGUAAAUAGACUCGCGUGAAACUUGGCGUGACCCAAAUUGUUACUCUACCGAUUGUGGCUCUCGCAGCCAUCAUGUCUGCAAUCCGAAGAAAAUUCGGGGAAGACUAUCAGGUGGUGAACACCAACCGGGGCAUGUCCUUUUCUGCCCCGGCCAAAAGAAAGCGCCAGCGGUUCGUGGAUAAAAACGGCCGCUGCAACGUCCAGCACGGUAACCUUGGCGGAGAGACGGGCAGGUACAUCUCCGACCUCUUCACCACGCUCGUGGACUUAAAGUGGCGCUGGAACCUGCUAAUUUUUCUCCUGACGUACACUGUCGCGUGGCUCAUAAUGGCAUUUAUGUGGUGGAUCAUCGCCUACAUCCGCGGAGAUCUUGGGAACGGCCACGACGAGUCGUACACCCCGUGCGUCGCCAACGUUUACAACUUUCCCUCCGCUUUCCUGUUCUUCAUUGAGACCGAGGCGACUAUAGGUUACGGGUUCCGAUACAUCACGGAGAAGUGCCCAGAGGGCAUCAUACUUUUCCUCUUCCAGUCCCUCUUGGGCUCGAUUGUGGACGCGUUUCUCAUCGGCUGUAUGUUCAUUAAGAUGUCUCAGCCAAAGAAACGCGCAGAGACGCUCAUGUUCAGCCAGGACGCGGUCAUCUCACAACGGGACGGGAAGCUUUGCCUUAUGUUUAGGGUCGGGAAUCUCAGGAAUAGCCAUAUGGUUUCUGCGCAGAUCAGGUGCAAGCUUAUCAAGUCUCGUCAAACCCCUGAGGGCGAGUUUCUCCCACUGGAUCAGCGAGAAUUGGAUGUGGGAUUCGGAACGGGUGCUGACCAGCUCUUCCUUGUCUCACCCCUCACGAUAUGCCAUGAGAUCAAUUCCAAGAGCCCCUUUUUUGACCUGUCCCAGCGCUCCCUCAUGAAUGAGCAGUUUGAGAUUGUUGUUAUCUUGGAAGGCAUUGUGGAAACCACAGGCAUGACAUGUCAGGCACGAACAUCUUACACAGAGGAUGAGGUGCUGUGGGGUCACCGCUUCCUACCUGUCAUGUCGCUGGAGGAGGGAUUCUUCAGGGUCGACUACUCACAGUUUCACAAUACGUUUGAGGUGCCCACUCCUCCAUACAGUGUGAAGGAACAGGAUGAGAAGUCCUCCCUGCCCUCCCCUAGUCCUCUUCUCUCCCCUACGGUGCUUGAUGGACGCAGUCGCAGAGAACGGAUCUUCUCCUUAGAUGGGGUUCCCCAAGCUAUCGAACCAAUGUCCAAAUUACCCAGCAAGCUCCAGCGUAUAAGCUCCAAGAAUGGUAAAGAGGUCCUCAAAACUGGAAGCUCUCAGGUAACAGAAAAGGCCUCCAGCACGGGUGACCUGCCAUUCAGAGUGCAGAGGCUGGGAUCGCUGUUGGGUCAGGGGGAGGCCGAAAAUCAGCUUCAGCUCAAAGCUAUAAAGAUGGGUCCAGAAGCCCAUACCCGGUCAGCCGGGGAACUGGAACAUCACAGACUGCUUCCAGUGCCUGUUCCAGUUCCAGGGCACAACCUCAACCCAUUGCCUGAGUCCAUUGGACGGCCAGAGGACAACCUUCCCCCUAAAUUACGUAGAAUGAAUGCAGACCACUAAAAUACUGUCCAGUUUAUUGAGUAUUAUUUAAACUCUUUCUUACAUAGAUAUGAACAAUGAGGAAUAGGAGGUAGAUAUGGCUCUAAAAAUAAUUUAAUUAUUUGAAUAAUAUUUAUUUAAAGGCACUUUACUGUGAUUCUUUCUCUCAAAGUGUAUGAAAAAAAAGUGUAUGUCUCUUUGUUCAGUCAAACUCAUUGCCUUUUGCAGACUUUGCCCUCAGUUGCACUACCAGUCAAGUUUGGACACAUUUUACAUAAUUUAUUUAAGUCAUUAUCUUAAAAAUCUUUUGAUUUAAAGGCUUAUGCUCAAUUAAUUGAAAUUGUUUUGUAGACAAACAAAAUUUGUGCAAAUUUCUUUACUUUUUUAAAAAACAUUUAUUUUGGGGGAACUCCUUCAAUACUGUUUAAAAAGCAUCCUAGGUGGAUACCUCAUAAAGAUGGUUAAGGAAAUGCCAUAAUCUAGUGUGCAUAGUUGAAAUAAGGUAAAAAGUGACUACAAUUAAGAAGCCAAAAUUUUAGAUCAUUUUUAUUUGUUUAACAUUUCUUGGUCAAUGCAUAAGCAUAAUUCAGUUUGUGUUAUACUAUAGUUUAAUAAUGAUAGAGUGAGUGACCACAAUUUGACUGGUAGUGUACAUGAGAAUUGUUGAUGUUCUGAAUUCAAUUUGAAUUCCAAUAAAUAUAUAAUGUAGAUAUUUAAAUAUUUUAUAUAAAUUAAGCACCUUUAUGGAAUUAUAAACACAAAAUAUUCACAUAUAUAUUUGCUUAUUUAUACUUAAUUAAGAUAAUUAAGUUAUUUAUUAAGAAUUUAUGUAGAGGAAUGUUUACUGGUAUGUACAGGCUUUUAAUGUUCAAUGUUUUUUUUUUUUUAUAUAUAAUUUCUCUGGUAUUGUUACAGAACCUUACAAUGUGGGCACAAGAUAACAAUUACUGCAGUUCAUCAACACAAGACAAUUUUGAUAAUCUUAAUAAUUUCAUUAUUAAUUU